AUGGCUUCGCCAGCUCCGCGACCAUCGGGUGGCUCCCCUUCAGAUCUCUCAAAAGUUCUUGAACCCGCUAGAUUAUCAGUUACGGGCAGAUCCAAGAUAAGGCGAAGGAUGAGCCUCCUCCAAUAUCGCAGACGUAACAACCUCAAAAGCAGGCUUACAUCAGCGUCUGAAAGUCUCAGCGAACAACUCAAAUCCACAUCCCUAUCCGACGGUCUGGCCAAAAAGAGAGUUAAAUCAGAGGACAACGCUUUGUCGGCUACAACAACAACUUCGCUGGCCAAAAUGAGCUUUAACAGAGAUAAGAACAACCAUGGGUUCCCGGAUUUGCCAUUUGAGCCGGUGUUUCGAGCCGGUAUUCUGAUAUUGGUCACUUCUCCUGCUGGGGAGCUGUCGUUGGGAAUGUGUGAUGGGGAAGGGGGCCCGACUUAG